GUAGUAAACGGAUAUAAUGUGGUUCUCAUUCUUAUCGAGUUUGAAUUUUUUAAAAAUGAUUCUCUUUGUUUCUCGGUGCUUUUGACAUGUGUGUAGGUUUUUUGUUGCUUUGAGUCACAAAACCAUAAAACAAUUAUGAUUUAAUGACAAAAUUGAUUUGAAAUUGAACGCAAAAUUACAAUUUUUAUUUAUUAAUUUGAAUCUGAAAGAAUAGCAGUGAAUUUAAAAUGAGAAUGUUUAUAUUGACCUGGCUUGUGUUCAUCGUAGUCUUAAUUGUGCCAAGCGUAGCUCAAAAUGACAUAAAAACAGAUGAAUAUACUAUCAAAAAAUUAAUUCAAGCUGGAAAAGUUCCAUUUCCCCCGCCACCAUUUCUUUUUCCACCGCGUUUACUGAAAUCGACUAAAAUACGACCAGCACUACAAGCAUGCGAAACAUACGCACAACCAGCCCUGGACGUUCGUAUCAUAGGUGGCGAGGAAGCAGAUUCUGAGGAGUUCCCAUGGAUGGCGGCUUUGGGUUAUUUAAAAGACACAUAUGAAGUGAGCUUUGAAUGUGGAGGUACCAUCAUAUCUGAAUAUUUCGUAAUAACAGCGGCCCAUUGUACGCCGUCAAUACGGCCACCAGUGGUGGCUCGAUUAGGAAAGAUAACUCUGACCGAUGGCGAUGGUGUUAAGCCGGACAAUCAUCCAAUCGCGAGCAUAAUAAAACAUUCGAAAUAUUCGAUGCUGACUAAGAAAAAUGAUAUUGCCCUACUUAAAGUGGCAAAACGAAUAUAUUUCUCGUAUGACAUUGCACCGGCAUGUUUGCAAACCGAUUUAAAUGACGUAAACAGUGAUAAGCCGCUGCUUGUGACUGGUUGGGGAAAAACUUCUGCUGAUCGCGGCGAUAGAUCCAACAUUCUACUUAAAACACAAGUGAAAACAAUGCAAUUGACGGAGUGUAGUCAAUUAUAUUUGGAACAGAAUAAAGCGUCAAAUCUUGCGGCCCUUCGAGAUGGCAUCACUCCAGGACAGUACUGUGCUUAUGACCCACAGGGACGGAACGAUAGCUGCCAAGGAGACAGUGGAGGUCCACUGCAAUACUUUCCAAAUAGUAACACCACAACAGCCACCGUUGUUGGCAUAGUUUCUUUUGGUUUUGGUUGUGGCACCGAAUUGCCGGGCAUUUAUACUCGCAUCGCAUAUUAUGUAGAUUGGAUUGAAUCGGUUGUUUGGCCAAAUCACAUUUAUUUCAGCACAAGUAUUCAGAACGAAGACAAAUCCAAGAAUUUAAGACAAAUUUCGUCCAUUUUUUAUCAAGUAUUUGCAAUGAAGAGUUGGACGGUGUUGUUGUUUUACUUCUUUUCAGUUGUAUCAGCUUCAAAUCUAAUUGAAAAUGAUGCUAAAAGCAUAAGGGAACUAAUUAAAUUGGGAAAGGUACCGUUUCCACCGCCUCCCUAUCCAUUUCCACCUCCAUAUUCACCACAUUAUCGUCCGAUGAAUUCUGGUGAUCCGCAUCAAGAGCCGAUGAAUCCUAAUGCUCCGCAUGAAGAGCCGAUGAAUUUUGGUGAACAUCACGAAUCAGCUGAAGCAAUGAAGAAUGAAACAACAAGCAAACCGGAUGUAUUCAUAUUUCCUGAAAAUUCACAAGAAGAUACACAAAUUAUCGAUGAGACACCAACACUUCGACCUGCUGAAAGAGCAUGCGAAACGUAUUUGAAGCUGCCGAUAAAUCGAAUUUUGGGUGGUUCACCUGCAGAAAUGGGGGAAUUCCCGUGGAUGGCGGCCUUAGGAUUUUUAAAUGAGAACUACCAAGUGACCUUUGACUGUGGAGGUACUAUCAUAUCUGAUUACUUCAUACUAAGCGCCGCUCACUGUUGCUCUUCGACAAGACCGCCGGUGGUGGUUCGAUUAGGAAAGAUAACACUGACUGAUGCCGACGGCGUUCGACCAGAAAAUCAUCCAAUUAGGGACAUCAUAAAGCAUUCAAGCUAUUCGAGUUUGACGAAGAAGAAUGAUAUUGCCCUACUUCGAGUGGCAAAGAGAAUAUAUUUUUCGGAUGACAUUGUGCCCGCAUGCCUGGCAACCGAUUUGAAUGACGUGAGCCCUGAUUUAAAGUUGAUUGUGACCGGUUGGGGGAAAACCACAGCAGAACGAGGUGAAAGGUCAAAUAUUCUGCUGAAAACACAAUUAAAAACAGUUCCAUUGACCGAGUGCAAUAGAAUAUUUUUAGAGUUGAAUGAAUUCGUAAAUCAAGCUGCACUUCGGGAUGGAAUCACCCCAGGACAGUAUUGUGCAUUCGAUCCGGCAGGAAAGAAUGAUAGUUGUCAAGGAGACAGUGGAGGACCACUUCAAUAUUUUCCGACAAAAGACUCUGCCAUCUCUACAGUAUUGGGCGUAGUUUCUUUUGGAUAUAGCUGCGGUACCGAAUUGCCCGGCGUUUAUACUCGAGUCGCUUAUUAUUUGGAUUGGAUUGAAUCGGUUGUUUGGUCAAAUCCACAAUGAAUUCGUAAAAACUGUAAUAUACACAGUGACCGUCAAAAGUUUGGAGCUACAUAUGUAUUUUUUAUAUAAAAUGCCGUAAAACGUCGU